AUGCGCCGCCCGGGGACGCUGCCCGUCACGAAUAACGCGUCCGGUCACCGCGGAGCAGGAGGAGGAGGGGGAGGAGGAGGAGGAGGAGGAAGUGGAGGUAGCGGAACGGGAGGAGGGGUCAGAGGAGUCGUAGACGAUGGUACAGCAUCGCUGAGCGCAGCGUCGAUCGACGGAGUCACGUCUAACAGCGCGAGAUCCCACUACUCCAGUCACUCUCUGCGCCGUACGCCGCAUUCGCAACCGCAACUCUCUGCCAGAGAGCCGGACGAUCGGAUACGGACUCUGGAGUCCGGACUUCAAAACGGAGUCCCAGCCGGUGGCCGCCAUCAGUCGUCACCGCCACCGCUACCCUCCAGGCAUCAGCCCAACUGCGGCCAGUCCUCGUAUCCCACUCUACCGAUCAACGGCCACGCUGCUCAUCACUACCAUCAUCACACAAGAGAGCGGGAGAAAGAUAGGCCGUCCGCUCGCGAAAGAAAUCGUGAGCGGGACGGCGGUCCGCCGCCACCUCCACCACCGCCACCGGUAACGUCGCACCGAUCCGAUAAGCACAGGGAGACCCAACUAGAGAUGGAGUUGCGCGACAACCUGGACAUGGGCGUGAUCGGCACGUACCGAGCGUAG